UCUCGUCUUCUUGAAGCAAGAGAAUCAGCACAACUAGCUUUCCCUGAUGACAUUGUGGAUGAGAGAGCUAUUAUGCGGGAAGUAUUUGGUACUCGGCGAGGUCAUGAAUGCGGUUUUGGACGGAUCCUUAAGGGGUCCAAGUCCUCCUCCAUUCAUGAUAUUCCAGAAUCAUCUAUUACUUCAAAUUCUACUAGAAAAGAUACUCAAGGUGCUACCCCGAAUGCUGAAAGUUAUGUAAAUCUACUGAAGGAG